CGUACAGCAGUUGUUGACAGAACACUGGAGUAGAGGGAUUGGGUAUUGCAAGCAGAUGGUGGUUAGCUUUUGACAUUAAAAACUGAAAAUGCGCUGGUAUGUGCGCUUUUAAAGGUCGGACCAGCUAGUGAGCAAUACACUGGAAAACAGUAACGCUGUCAGAUCUGGCGGGUUUGAGACGGGGAUCCUGCUGGCGUGUAUAGCCAAAGAGGAGUGCUACAAUGCUGUGCUGGGGAAAUGCUUCCUACGGACAGCUGGGCUUGGGUGGGAUUGAUGAUGAGAUUGUGGUUGAGCCACGAAAAUGUGAAUUCUUUCACGGGAAGCAAGUGUGUGAUGUGGGGUGUGGCCGGAGACACACAACCUUCCUGCUGGAGGAUGGGACAGUAUACACCUGUGGCUGCAAUGACCUAGGGCAGCUGGGACAUGAGAAGUCCAGAAAGAAACCAGAACAGGUUGUGGCUCUGGAUGCACAAAACAUAGUGGUGGUGUCAUGUGGAGAGUCCCACACACUCGCCCUGAAUGACAAAGGGCAGAUUUUUUCAUGGGGUCUUGGCUCAGAUGGACAGCUCGGCCUAAAUAACUUUGAAGAAUGUGUUCGUGUGCCUAGAAACAUCAAGAGUUUGUCAGACGUACAAAUCACUCAGGUAGCCUGUGGGUAUUGGCACUCCCAUGCACUUUCAAGAGGGGGCCAGGUCUUCUCCUGGGGCCAGAAUCGAUAUGGACAACUUGGGCUGGGAAUUAAUGGACAAAGCAUUUCCACACCCCAAAUCAUUCAGUCUCUUCAGGGCAUUCCUUUUGCUCAGAUAUCAGCAGGUGGUGCUCACAGCUUUGCCCUCACUCUCUCAGGAGCGGUGUUUGGUUGGGGUCGCAACAAGUUUGGUCAGCUGGGUCUCAAUGACACCAAUGAUCGAUAUUUCCCAGCCCUGCUGAAGUCCCUUAGAUCGCAGAGAGUGAUUUACAUCUCCUGUGGAGAAGAUCACACAGCAGCACUGACCAAGUUAAGAGGUGUGUUUACAUUUGGAGCAGGAGGAUACGGACAACUGGGACAUAACUCUACAAACCAUGAAAUCAACCCUAGGAAAGUGUUUGAGCUCAUGGGAAAUGUAGUUACACAGAUUUCAUGUGGAAGGCAGCACACUUUGGCUUUCACACCUUCCUGUGGGAAGAUGGACUCCUUUGGGCUUGGUGGUAACGGGCAACUUGGUACACGCUCCACUUGCAACAGGAAAAGCCCCGCCCCCGUCAAAGGUCCCUGGGUAGCCUCCAAUUCUCCUGCGGAUACAGACUCGGAGCAGAGCUGUUGUGUCAAGAGGAUUUAUGCUGGAGGAGAUCAGAGUUUUGCUCACUAUUGCACUGCCACUAACCUCCAGAACAUAGAUGAUGUGAGGAUACAAGAUCCUCACAGAAGGAUUUGCACCUUUAAUGAGGAUAUCAUACUAAAAUGGUUGAACCAUUCACCAGGAAGACUCCCGCUGGAAAUCUCCAAUGAGAUUGACCUCGUGUUCUCCUCAGCAAGCUGCCUCAAUGGAUCUUUUCUCUCAAUGAGUCAUCCAGAUCACUACAGUACCAGCAGCAAAUGUUCAGGGGUUGAUAUGAACAUGGCUCGCAUCCUCUUUCACAGAGUCAUUCAACAAGAUCACCCUGAGAUAGCUCAGCAGAUUGCUGCAAGUCUGGAAAAGAACCUCAUUCCCAGACUGAGCAGCUCUCCUCCAGACAUUGAAGCCCUGAGACUCUACCUCACUCUCCCAGAAUGCCCUCUCUUCAGUGACCGAAAUAAUUAUGUGACCAUUGCCAUCCCAUUUGCCAAAUCACUCCUCAGCCUGAAAGAGGCUGCACUGAAGGUUCUAGGAAACUGGUGGUCUACGUUUGAGCCCCCCGUCUUCCAGUGGCUGGUUGAGGUGUACAAGGAGGUGGUGGUGUAUCUGCUUCAAAUGCACAAGAUGGGCAUUCCUUCAGUAGAGCAGAGAAUUUUCACCUGUUUCCUGGACACGUCCCUGCGACUCCUGGAGAUCCUGCACACGGUGAGUGACAGAGCAGGACACAUCAUUCAGUAUGAUAAAUUCUACAUCCAUGAGUUGGAUGACCUGAUAGACAUCAGAAAUGACUACGUCACAUGGAUUCAGAGGCAGAUGUACCCACUGGGUCAUGACGGUGUGGUGACUCUGUGCAGGUAUCCCUUUGUAUUUGAUGCCCAAGCGAAGACCACUCUGCUUCAAACUGAUGCUGUGAUACAGAUGCAGAUGGCAGUGGACCAGGCGCAGAUGCAGAACUUCAGCUCCAUGUUCCUGCCGGCAGUGGAAUCUGUCAACCCGUGCCUCAUCCUCAUCGUCCGGAGGGAAAAUAUUGUUGGCGACACCAUGGAAGUCCUCAGGAAGUCUAAGAAUGUUGACUACAAGAAACCGCUCAAGGUGAUCUUUGUGGGAGAAGAGGCGGUCGAUGCAGGAGGUGUGAGAAAGGAGUUCUUCCUCCUGAUCAUGAAAGAGCUGUUGGAUCCCAAAUACGGCAUGUUUCGUUACCACGAGGAGUCCAGGCUCAUCUGGUUUUCAAACAAGACCUUUGAGGACAUUGACUUGUUCAACCUCAUUGGGGUCAUCUGUGGUCUGGCCAUCUACAAUCUCACCAUAGUGGAGCUCAACUUCCCCGUGGCCCUUUACAAGAAACUUCUGAAGAGGAAGCCAACGCUAGACGACCUGAAAGAGCUAAUGCCAGAUGUGGGAAGGAGUCUGCAGCAGUUGCUGGACUACACGGAGGAUGACCUUGAGGAAACGUUCUGCUUGAAUUUCACAAUCACAGAGGAAAACUAUGGUGCCACAGAGGUUUUGGAACUAGUACAGAACGGCGAAGACAUCAAUGUCAAUACAUCAAACAGGCAGGAAUUUGUCAAUGCCUAUGUUGACUAUGUUUUCAACACGUCAGUGGCCCCACUGUUUGAGUGCUUCUAUGCAGGCUUUCACAAAGUGUGCGGUGGAAAAGUUUUAGAGCUGUUCCAGCCAAACGAACUGCAAGCCAUGGUCAUUGGCAACACCAACUAUGACUGGACGGAGCUUGAAAAGAGUACUGAAUACAAAGGGGAGUACUGGGCGGACCAUCACACCAUCAGGCUCUUCUGGGAGGUGUUCCACUGUCUUCCUUUAGAGAAGAAAAAACAGUUCCUCUUGUUCCUCACAGGAAGUGACCGCAUACCCAUCUUGGGCAUGAAAUGCCUGAAACUGGUGAUCCAGCCCACUGGUGGAGGGGAGCAUUAUUUACCUGUCGCCCACACGUGCUUCAACCUGCUGGACCUGCCCAAAUACACAAGUCUGGAAACACUCCGUGAGAAGCUUCUACAGGCUAUAGAUCACAAUCAAGGCUUUAAUCUUGCCUGAAAGUACACAGAAAUGCCUAGAACUCCGUGUCGAGACUGUUGAUGGCAACCACAUUCCCGAAUGUUUAGUUUUUGCAGACUUGAACACUGGUUGGAAAGAGGAGGAAGACAAGUGACACUAGAAAUGAUUUAAGAGUUGGAUGCCUAGACUUUGACAUUAAUCUUGACUUUGGUUUUCCAGCUUUUUUCCAUACCAUCACAGUAUUUGAUGCCCUAUUACAAGUUGAUUCACAUUUGAUAUAUUGCUCUUGUAGAUAUGCUUUUAUUCAUGUUUGGAUAUGACAAGUAUGAUGAAGCAAACUACUGGUAUUUACAGGGCAUGGAUACAGCAACAUAAACACCUGUAAAAUAUAAUUCAAUGCAGCAGCAUUACCUUUUUGAAGCUUAUGAUGUAAAACAUUAGUGAGAUGUUCCUGUUAUAUUUUUUCUCGGAAACACCUCAAAAUCUAAUGUAAUCCAAGCACUGUGGCCUCAAAACGACCAGAUUUAAAUCAACACCGCUCUUAUAGGGUGUCGACAAAAAUGUAACAUUUUAAGCUCCACUGUGGUAGUAGUUCCUCACAUUGUAUUUUACAGGAGUUAAUGAUGUUGUGUCCACCCCCUGUGUAUUAAAUGUUUGAACCCAGACAUGUAAACUAACUCUUUAUGUUAAGUUCUGUUGUGACAUUUGAUUGAGAGCAGUGCAAAGCGUUAGAUUUUCUUGGCUUUAAGCCUUAAACAAGCCACAAAUAAAAACAAAGUAAAGCCACUGAAAUAAAUGUGAGUUACUUUGGGGAUAAAAUAC